CCAACUUAACAGGACAUGCAGAGAAGGUGGGAAUUGAAAAUUUUGAGCUGCUGAAGGUCCUAGGAACUGGAGCUUAUGGGAAAGUAUUUCUAGUUCGUAAAAUAAGCGGUCAUGAUGCUGGAAAGCUGUAUGCCAUGAAAGUUUUGAAAAAGGCAACAAUAGUUCAAAAGGCUAAAACUACAGAGCACACAAGGACAGAACGACAAGUUCUGGAGCACAUUAGACAGUCGCCAUUUUUGGUGACACUGCACUAUGCUUUCCAGACAGAGACCAAACUUCAUCUCAUCUUAGAUUAUAUAAAUGGUGGAGAACUUUUUACUCAUCUUUCUCAAAGAGAGCGUUUCACAGAGCACGAAGUGCAGAUCUAUGUUGGAGAGAUUGUGCUUGCCCUGGAACACCUGCACAAGUUGGGGAUUAUAUACCGGGACAUUAAGCUUGAAAAUAUUCUACUUGAUUCUAAUGGCCAUGUGGUGCUGACAGAUUUUGGUCUGAGUAAGGAGUUUGUGGCUGAUGAAACUGAAAGAGCAUAUUCUUUUUGUGGAACUAUUGAAUACAUGGCACCAGAUAUUGUCAGAGGGGGUGAUUCAGGACAUGACAAGGCAGUUGACUGGUGGAGUUUAGGUGUUCUAAUGUAUGAACUACUAACGGGAGCGUCUCCUUUCACUGUUGAUGGAGAAAAAAAUUCCCAGGCUGAGAUAUCUAGGAGAAUCUUAAAAAGUGAGCCUCCAUAUCCCCAGGAAAUGAGCGCUCUAGCUAAAGACCUGCUUCAGCGGCUUUUGAUGAAAGAUCCCAAGAAGCGAUUGGGAUGUGGCCCCCGGGAUGCAGAGGAAAUCAAAGAACAUCUCUUCUUUCAGAAAAUAAAUUGGGAUGACUUAGCUGCCAAAAAAGUGCCUGCACCAUUUAAACCAGUGAUCCGGGAUGAGUUAGAUGUGAGUAACUUUGCUGAAGAGUUCACAGAAAUGGACCCUACCUAUUCUCCUGCAGCGCUGCCCCAGAGCUCUGAGAGGCUCUUUCAGGGCUAUUCCUUUGUUGCUCCUUCUAUCCUUUUCAAGCGUAAUGCGGCUGUCAUAGAUCCUCUUCAGUUCCAUAUGGGAGUUGAACGCCCUGGAGUAACAAAUGUUGCCAGGAGUGCAAUGAUGAAGGACUCACCAUUCUAUCAACACUAUGACCUAGAUCUGAAAGACAAACCUUUGGGAGAAGGAAGUUUUUCGAUUUGUCGAAAGUGUGUUCACAAAAAAAGUAACCAAGCAUUUGCCGUCAAAAUAAUCAGCAAAAGGAUGGAAGCCAAUACUCAGAAAGAAAUAACAGCUCUAAAACUCUGUGAAGGACACCCCAAUAUCGUGAAGCUUCAUGAAGUUUUUCAUGAUCAGCUUCAUACAUUCCUCGUGAUGGAACUUCUGAAUGGGGGAGAGCUGUUCGAGCGCAUCAAGAAGAAGAAGCACUUCAGUGAGACCGAGGCCAGCUACAUCAUGCGCAAGCUGGUCUCAGCUGUGAGCCACAUGCAUGAUGUUGGAGUGGUGCACAGAGACCUGAAACCUGAGAAUUUAUUGUUCACUGAUGAAAACGACAAUUUGGAAAUUAAAGUAAUUGACUUUGGGUUUGCACGCCUCAAGCCACCUGACAAUCAGCCCCUCAAGACCCCAUGCUUUACCCUUCACUAUGCAGCACCAGAGCUCUUGACGCACAAUGGCUAUGAUGAGUCCUGCGACCUGUGGAGUUUGGGUGUCAUCUUGUAUACAAUGUUGUCAGGGCAAGUACCAUUCCAGUCUCAUGACAGAAGUUUAACGUGCACCAGUGCAGUAGAAAUCAUGAAGAAAAUUAAAAAGGGAGAUUUCUCCUUUGAAGGAGAAGCAUGGAAGAAUGUAUCCCAAGAGGCUAAAGAUUUGAUUCAAGGACUUCUUACAGUUGAUCCAAAUAAAAGGCUGAAAAUGUCUGGCUUGAGAUACAAUGAAUGGCUUCAGGAUGGCAGUCAGCUGUCCUCCAAUCCUCUGAUGACUCCAGACAUUCUGGGAUCUUCAGGAGCUGCUGUACACACCUGUGUGAAAGCAACCUUUCAUGCCUUUAACAAAUACAAGAGAGAAGGGUUUUGUCUUCAGAAUGUGGACAAGGCCCCUUUGGCUAAGAGGAGGAAGAUGAAGAGGACAAGCACCAGCACAGAGACACGCAGCAGCUCCAGCGAGAGCUCCCGCUCCUCCUCCUCGCAUUCCCAUGGCAAAACGACGCCCACCAAGACGCUGCAGCCUGGCAACCCUACAGACAGCAGUAACCCAGACACCCUCUUCCAGUUCUCAGACUGAGGACUGUGGGAAUGGUAGGACGUCUUGGCUGACCCUUGCACCUUAGUUCCCUCAGCAUGUGCCUGAGGUAUGAUCUGUGCUUUAAAAAGAUGUCUCCCAUUGUUCUCAUUGGAAUCUGCCUCUUAAUGAAUUUUUUUUUUUUUUUCGGGAAAGCCUGUUUGGUUAUCUUUGUCCAAAAGCACUGGACAGCAUUACUGUGAAUAGAGGACACAUGAUACUUUUUAGCGGACUAGCACGAUGCCAGCUCAAGAUUCUUCUUGAAACAGCAAAGGUUUCUGUAAUUUUAGUGACGGGUUAGAUAAGUCACAGAUGUCCACAUGUCUGCCAAGAAGACUUGAUGACUUCUGCUUUGCCUGGUGAACACAGUUUUUAAGAGACUUGUAUCCUUUGGGUAGUGACCAGAGAAAAAGGUCUGAUUUCAAAACAGAUGCUAUAAUGAAUUUUAUGUGUGGCUUUGUUUCUUAAAAGAGAAUUUUAACUUAUUGUUUUUAUUUUAUGGUCAUAUAUAAUGAUAACUUGCUAUUAUUAAUAAUCUUUUUCUAAAAAGUAAAAAAAAUAUUUAAGAACUUAAGGUCCUGUGUUCUGCACUUGGGACCAUCUGAACUGCAUGCUAAGCUAUGUUUGUUUUUAAUUUUGCACUGCUCUUUCCUAGCAGUUUGUUUUAAAGGUUAUUGCAGGAAUUAAGGUACAUGUCUCUUGGUUUAUGUAAUACAGCACUUUAUAAAAUAGUAUGAGUAUUGCAGUCUGUCUUAUAAGGUGCACUAUUUAAAGCAUAUGUACUGUAUUUUUGCUAUUCUUUUCAUUAUCUACUUUAAUUUGUCCUCACAUCCCCCUUCUGCUUUCUAUGCAGCAAGUAGAAAGGGACAUGUUGUAUAAUGACUCAUUAGCCACUUAUGCACCAAUACGAGGAACAGGAAAGGGAAAUUCUACUCAACACUGUGCUUCAUAUCUGUACACUGUGUUGCACUACAGUGAGGCAUUUCCUCCUGUAGUCAGAUAUUAUGUACAUAAUAUUUUAGAACCAUACCUAUACUUGUUUUUGAAAUGUUUCUGUUGAAUUUUAAAUCCACAAAGCAUUUUAUAAACUUAUGCAGAGCACUUUUAUUGCUCAAAAGUUCUAAAUUGAUAUAGACAAGUGCUAUGCCGUGAAGACAUUUCAUUGAAAGACUGCUUCAUUUUACAAUUAAUACAAACUAAUUAAUUCCCUAUGCAAAAAAAGAAAUUACAAGAUUUGUAUGUUUUUUUCCUUUAAAGCCAUUACAUAGAAUGUCAGGACUAAGAAAAAUGAUCUUCGCUAUGUUUACAAAAAUUAUGCUUAAAAAGAUACUGUCCAACAUGUUUAUUUUAGUUUUGUUAGUGAUAACUCUUCAGCAUUAGUUUGGAAUUUGGACAUGAUACCUAUUUAUCUCUUUCUUAAGGUAUUAGCAGCAUUAAUUUCAACCGGUGAUGAAUACUGCAUUCUGUGUAAUGGUAAUGUAUUUAUUACUAAAUCAGUGUACAUAUUAAUAGUAUAGGCAGCAAAAAAUGACAAAUAUUAAAAUAUUUUCAAAACAUUACAUUAUCCUGUUCACUUUUUGUUCACAGUAGUUACUGGGGAUAUUUUUUGAUACUCUUGGACUGGCCAAAUGGCUAUAUAAUUCUCACCGAAUCAAUAAAAAUUUUAUACUCCUAGCUUUCAGUCAUUUCUAGCAAUGAUAGGAAACUGUGAAUUAUUAAUAAACUACAGCUGUUUCACAAAAUGUGAUCUCCUUGGGCACAGAUUUUUAAUAAGAAUAUGUCCACUUAUUUUUACACUGGAUAUAUUUGGAUUGUAUUUGGAAAUGUGUAAGUUAGUUCUUGAAGUCAUUUGUAAAUGUGUGUCCUGAUAGGAAAUACAAGUUGCAAAGUACAAACUGAGGAGAUUGUGUUGCCAACAAAAGGUAAUCCAGAAAAGUGGUUCAACCCUCCUCAUGAUUUAUUAGUUCAUUGUCAAUAUUGGAAAUUGAUGGGUUUUUCAUUUCAUCACCUUGUAUCUUCUGGAGGAUUUGAUAGACACUGGGCAAAAGUCAGGUAUAGUAAGAAGAAAAGGUAAGGCUUUCUGCAAACUGUUGAGCCUAACUGAAUCAUCUAGAAAAGACCACAAGAAACUCACAGCCCAGGCCUUCAAUAAGAUGCUACCACCGUCACCCAAUUUAUAAGCACCUGAAAGACACCACCUAAUGAUCCCUUGCAGAUUCUGUGUUAGUGGACAAGUUUUCCUCUAAGAAUCAUAAAACUUUCACUUGAUCACAUCAAAAUUAAAUAAUAAAAACGCUACAUGCAAAAAUAUGAAGUGAGGAUCUGGAGAGAUGGCCCAGCAGUUAAGAGCAAACACGGCUCUCAGAAGGAUGUGAGUUCUGUUCCCAGCAUCUGUGUCAGACAGCUCACUACAGCUGGAACCCCAGCUCCGGGGCAUUCUGUGCCCUCUUCCGGUGCACAAAAUAUUAACUGAAAUGACUUGAUUUUUGGAGUAAAAUAGAAGUAGAUCGGAGAAAAUAAAUAUCUGCUUUAAGUUCUCUUUAUUACAAUAGUUUUGGGGGUAGAGCCAAGUCAUCCCACCCUUCUUCAUUGGUUACAUUGUGUGUAAUUUAGACCACUGCAUAUCCCGAGUCACACAUUUUGUAAUCGCCUGUGCCUGAUAUAUUGAAAGGCCCGGAUAAUAAGAAAAGGAAUUUGAUAGGGGAACAAAACUAAAGUAGACCAGUUUUUUGUAAUUGUGCCAGAUCCUGUUGCUGAAUGAACUAAUUUAGCUAUCUUGAGAACUGAUGGGUUUCAAGCCUCUAUAGAAACCAUUAAACUAUUGGAGUGAAGUGAAUUUCAACAUAAUUAUCUGUCUUGAAGUUGCAGGUUCAUUUGUGCAUGAAAACCGCCUUUUUCUUUGAGAUUACUGCUAAUUAAAUAAUUAUGCAAAUGGCUAUAUUUUAAAUGUAAGGUGAUUAUUUUAAAGAAUCCUACUAGGGUAACAGUGAGUGAUUUGUUCUUUUUUAAAUAAAGGAAAUCCUUUAUCUAAAUAUGAACUCAAGUAUUUUAUAAAAGCAUAUAAUUUAUUGUGUACUUGUUCACUUUACUUCUAAUUUUCUUUUCUUCUUUUUUUUUCCUUUUUGGUUUUUAGAGAUAGGGUUUCUCUGUGUAGCCCUGGCCUCGAACUCAGAGAUCUGCCUGCCUCUGCCUCCUGAGUGCUGGGAUUAGAGGUGUGUAUCACCACUACCGGGCCACUUUUCUUCUAUUUCCAACAAAUAUUUUGGCUAGAUUUAUUAAGAACAAGCUGCUUUAAAAUGUUGGAGAUUUCUAAUUGUUAGCUCUGUUGUUUUCCCAGAGGCCAGUAAGAACAGCACAGUUGGGAUGCUUGUGUGGUAACACUCCUAAUACUCCUUAGUCUGCUGAGUUAAAUUCUUGUGUUACUUACAUUCUGUCAGAAUAAUUGUCUCAUGGAUGAAUUAUUAUAAUAAAAUAUCUUCAGUUUA